GAAGCGACAGAGAAUCCGUCACCGGUAGUUGGCCGGAUGUGUCAGACGAUAAUCGGGCCAGUUGCACAAGUCGGUCCACAUGCGUGAAACAAUUUCGUCGCUCGUGCGUGCGGUUGUGCGUUCAUCUAAUUAAUAUCAGAUCAAUUGACCCGCGCCGCCCGUGCGGAUUCAUCGUGUUGUUGCUUCGACAGUUUUUUAUUUCUUUUCCCCUUUCCAGCAGGAGACAGUAGGUAGGUCAGACUAGUUUGGGUAAAUACUAUGUCUUCUUAUCAGUUUGACGUGGAAGUUAUUGAUUGGACAAAGCAACGCCAGAAUCGGCAAGUUCCUACUUCUUAAAGCUCGCCUACUUCUUAAACCGAGCCAUUUAGCCGAGAGCCAUUUAGCAGAACGCGACAAUCUAUUUUGGAAAGCACGUGCUUGAAACGAUAAAAGGAGAAACGAAACACGAUGUUUGUGACCGUGGCUCUGGUGAUCUUAACUAUUCUUCUCAUUACUAUCCUAUUGCGCCAGAGAUUGAAACGUCCGCCAGGUCCCUUUCCUUGGCCGUUUUUUGGAAAUCGAUAUUAUUUACAAAAAUUAACGCGCAAGUACGGUGGACAACACUUUGCCUUUAAGGAACUCAGCAAAAUGUACAAGAGCGGUAUCAUAAGUUUACGGUUGGGCACCAGCAAUGUAAUUGUUGUCUCAGACAGCAGGCUUAUACACGAAAUAUGCCUUAGCGAAAAGUUCGACGGGCGUCCUUGGAAUGAGUUUAUAAAGCUACGAAACAUGGGACUGAGGAAAGGGAUCACGAUGAACGACGGGCCGGAAUGGAAGGAAUUGCGCAUGUGGACGGUACGUACACUGAGAAGCGUCGGUUUCGCAAGGCAGACGAUGAUGGAUCUGAUCACGGAGGAGAUGACGCUCAUCAUGAAGAGGCUGGCGGACGGCGGCGUGCAACGUAUACGACCCGCGUUCGCGCCCGUCGUGAUAAAUGUUCUCUGGCUGUUGGUCACAGGACGGAAGCCGUCCGAUGAUCUUACGAGAUUGCAAAAUUUCCUGGAUCUGCUGGAACGUCGCGCACAACUGUUCGAUAUGUCCGGCGGGAUUUUGGCGACUUUUCCCUGGAUACGUUACGUCGCGCCCGAGAGGUCGGGAUACAACGUCCUCGUCACGUUAAACAACGAGCUCAAGAACUUCCUAAUGGACACUAUCAACGAGCACAAGAAGAGAUAUGUCAAGGGAAACGAAGCGGACUUUAUUGACAUGUUUCUCCAGGAGAUGAACAAGGAGGAGCAAGAAGACAAGGUUUCUGUGUUUUCCGGUGCGGGCCCAGUUGCGCUUUCUAUUAGCCGGCGACGUCCAGAAAACGCUGCGCUGGCAAUUUUCUCGGACGACAAUCUGCUUGUGACGUUGAUCGACUUCUUCAUCGCCGGCACCAGCACCACCACAGCGACGUUGGAUAUUCUCUUCUUGCAAAUGGCCAAUCAUCAGGACAUUCAACGCAAGCUGCACGAGGAGAUCGACACCGUGAUCGGUCGCCAUAGGCUUCCCCAACUGGAAGACAGAGUGAAAAUGUUUUACACGGAGGCGAUACUAACCGAAUGUCAACGCUUGUGGCUCGUCACACCUGUAAUCGGACCACGUCGCGUUCUCGAGAAUACGAUUCUCGACGGUUACGAGAUACCGAAGAACACCACCGUCCUCAUAAAUGUAUAUAGCAACAAUACGGAUCCGGAAUUUUUCCCCGACCCAAAUUCAUUCAAACCGGAGAGACAUAUAAACAAGGACGGCAUUUAUCAAAUACAACAUGAAAACGUAAUAAACUUUGGAAAAGGAAGGAGAAGAUGUCCCGGAGAAGCUUUGGCAAAGUCGGCUAUAUUUCUGCUGUUUGUCGGGAUAAUGCAGAAAUAUCGUUUACUUCCGGUUCCAGGUCAAAAUUGCAUUAAUGUAGAGUUUAAUUCGGGAUUAACAUGUACACCGAAGCCUUAUGAAAUGUUAAUUGUUUCGAGAUAAGAUACAAUAUGAUAUUUAGACUUACUUAACUAUAAGUAUAUAAGCAAGUUUGUUAUUUAAAAAAUGUUUUCUAGAAUUUUAUUAGAUUGACAUUUGUUAGAUUUUCCGCGUUUACGUUAAAUUACAUUCUUUGUUUAAUGUUUUAAUGUUGUUACACUUUAAUUUAGUUAAUUAAAUUAAAUCAAAUUAAGUAAUGUAAUUAAUUUAACACUUUGCGUUGAGAUAUGCGUAUAUGUAAACAUCUGAACAAUAAAAGUAAAAAGAGAGAACAAUAAAAUGUAAAAAGGAGAAAGUAAAUAAAAGUACAAACGAACGUUA